AUGUCUUCGGAACCCUACAAGACGGCUCCACAUCCCGAAACCACCUCGUCAUGGGAGAAGGAAGCGAGUCGGCCACCGAUGGCACCACCACGACCUCCAACGGAGUCGAGAGCUUCGGCUGCCUACUUUGCAUUGGUUGAUGUAGUUUUGAGAUUCCUCCUGUUUGCUUCAGCUUUGGUUGCUGUUUUGGUUAUGGUUACUAGUAAGCAAACUGAAAUAGUUCCAAUACCAAUUUAUCCAUUCAAGGCUCCAAUGUCUGCUAAGUUCAAUCAUUCGCCAGCUUUCAUAUACUUCGUAGCCGCACUUUCUGCUACGGGCUUAUACAGUAUCAUUACCGGUCUCUUUUCCUUGUUUGCCCUCCUUAGGCCUGGUAGCUGUCCAAAACUGGUGUCUCAUUUCGUCAUAUUCGAUGUUCUUUACUUAGGAAUUGUAGCAGCAGCAACUGGAACAGCAGGUGGAGUUGCUUAUAUAGGUUUGAAAGCUUUAGAUUUUGGAAAAACUCUGAGUGAUGUGCAUCCUAGCUUGCAAGGAACGAGCCUAGAUCAGGCUACAAAUAUUUGUGAUGCCAUGUUAGAGGGUCUUGAUCAGGCUAUCCGGAAGUUGAAAACUGAGACAACAUUUCGAUUUCAAAGGUUUUUGUCUCUUAUAGUCCUAAAUUGGCUUAAUCCGCUGUUGUUGAACCAGGUUCUCUGUCCAUGGAGAUUAUUGAACAGGUUUCAGCAGAGGUCGAAGAGGCUCUCUAAAUUAACAGCUAACAGGAUGAAAGAACUUGUGAUGAAGAAGAGGUUGGAGUUGGAUGAUAUAUGUUAUAGAACCCAUAUUAAACUUGAUCCAAGCAUGGCUGAUGAUAAAACUAAUGCGCUAAUUGAUUCUGGUUGGAAAUCUUGUUCUUGA